CAUUCGUCGACGAAAGUCUGCGUAGGUGACUCGCGUUCUAUAUUUGAAUAUCGCGGUUAAAAAGAAUAAUCAAAUUUCGUAGGUACGUUUUGUGUUUGUGCCAGUGACAUUGUUCGGAAAGAUGUUUCGAUUUUUGAUACCCUUAAUUCUGAGCAUAGCAGCAGCGGACUCGAUUCAAGAAAGAGCGUCGCCGUACAGACUCAAAUACGCCGUGGCGUCGGAGUCCCAACUCAAAUUCGCCCUAGAAAACAAAUACGAUGACACCGGCCCGGGGGCGAAACGACCGGAAUACGCUUACAGCACCUACAAGAAUUUACAAGAUGCCAUCAUAGCUUAUUUGGAUGACCCAGAUACCAAACUACCGGAGAGCGAAAAAGCUAUAGCCAUCCAGAAACUAUUCAAGAACCCAAAUUACUAUCCGAGACAGCAAAUCCAAAGACACUAUCCGAAAACCGUUGAGGAAUAUACCGGCUAUAAUGCAGAAACUGAAAGACCCGUUUACAAAUACACGAUACCUGAAAAGAAGCCUGCUUAUUACGGGGAAGAAGAGAAUAUCAAUUUAGGAAACUUUGAAGGGAACGGCCUCAGUUUGUUCAAGAUUGAGAAAAGACCUGAGCCGUUAAAUUUGCGUAAACACCAGGCGAUCAAAGGCGCUCCAUUAAGUGUAGCGCAUUACACGAGAGAACAAGAGUAUGAAGAUCCCCACGAUCAGUUCAAUCCUCAUCCGAAGUACACUUUCUCCUACGGAGUACACGACAAGAAGACGGGCGACACAAAAUCAGCCCACGAAACCAGAGAAGGAGGUACCGUCCACGGAUAUUAUAGUUUCUUAGACGCCGAUGGAAAACAGAGGAUCGUGCACUACACGGCUGAUGAUAAACUAGGCUUCAGAGCGACUGUACAAAGAACUAACACACAACUUUAAUUAACUAUUAACACAAAUUUAACCCGAUCACGGCAAAUUUAGUUACGACUGUUUUUUCUUUUGCCAACGAGCCACUAUCUGGCCUAGCUGAUUCAAAGAGGUUAUCGGAACCUAUAGACAUGACAACCUGAUUUCCCCACCACCAGAUAAGGUCUCAGACUGUCGUACCCUUCAAACUGGGAGGCAUUGCAUCGUGACAGAAACAGGCAGAUUUAUGCUCUGCCGUGAUAUCCAGCCAUGCCGACUUGUUUGCCCCUCCAGUACGUAUAGCCAGAUAUAUACAAUAUUAUGUACAUAACAUAGCAAAAUAAUAUAUAAUAUAAAAUAAUACGAGAUAAUAUAAAAUAAAAUUACAAUCUAACGACCUCAGAUUGAGAAUUGUUAUUAGAUAUGUUACGUAUUCGUCAUUAUUGCCAAACUAUUUAUAGUAUAUGGGCAAUUAAGGUGUCAUAUAGAAAGACUUAAAACACCAUUUUAUUUUUAUUUUAUUUAUAACUUCUUAUACUAGAAAGUAUAAAGGCGGACUUAAUGCCAUAGGCAUUCUCUAACAGUCUACCAUCGCUUAGAUGAAUUAUUUUUAAAGUUAUCGUUUAAUGUUUAAUAAUUGUGGUUGUCAGAUUGUAAUUCAAUAUUGUAUAAAAAAAACAGUCGUCGUCCACCAUCUUUGCCGUAAUAAAAUAUUGUUAAAAUUUAAAACUUAGUCAAAAUGUUUGGGGUUUCGAUUAAGUUGGUCGUUGAUUACUUGUUUAACUUAAAUUAAUUUCACUUAAUGAUAUUCGUUAACAAAUUCCUUGUUUGGGAAUCUCUUCUUUAUUUUAAUUCUCUCAAUAGUUCCAUGGUAAUAAGCAUUCCUUUUACUAUACAGUGGCUGGGACCGCCGCUUCGCCAGUAAUCAAAUGUAAUUUUAUAUUAAAAUAAAGAAGCCGUAAGAUGAGAUAAAUCUAACUACGUAAGAUAAUUGUAGCUGAACAUACAAACACACGUACAUUCUUUUUUAUAUACAUAGAAAUUUUACACACAGUAUAUAUUGUUAAUUUUAGAUUGUUGCUGUCAAUAAGUUAGUGUAUAUAGUUAUAGUACGAUUUUUUGUAAAAAUAACUUCAAACAAAAAUAGAUAGAACGAUAAAUAAAAAAAUCUCCGACGCGUUUGAAGCCUUAAAAUACUCAUUACUAAAAUUAAUUUUAUUUAAUAAGCUAUUUACAUGUUUUAUGUUAAGUUUGGUUUCUACUUGACCUAAAAAUAAAGUAUAAUUA